AUGAAAGUACACCUGCUCACCAUCCUGGUAGGAGCACCUGGGUCGGGGAAAGGCACGAUCUGCAGUUUCUUGGCUAGCAAGUACAGCCUGUUGCAUUUCUCCGUGGGAGAUAUUCUCCGCACCUGGAUGCAGGCCAACUGCGAAACGCCCCUCGCGGCUCGGAUCCAGGAGAAGCUUGACCACCAGGGGUUUCUCACAUCUGCGGAGUUGAACCCGUUUCUGGGUCUCGCCAUUGAGGAUGCAAUACGGCAAGACGAACUCAAGGGGAUCCUGAUCGACGGCUUCCCAAGGUGCGAGGAGCAGCUCAACUCGUGGGCACAAUGGCCUUUUCAAGAACGUCUUCGUUUGGAAGGCAGCGCGAAGCCCGACGUCGUCCUUUCGCUCAACGUGACGAGGGAGAAUGCGGAAGCUAGGUAUCUCGCCAGGGGUCGCGAUCGUAACGACACCGCCGUCAAGUUCGGAAGGCGGUUUGAUGAGUACUUGGAGGAGGGACGGCCUGUGGAACACCACUAUCGAGAGGCAGGGCUCCUAGUUGACAUUGAUAACAAUGGCACAAGGGAGGAGAAUAUUGAGGGAGUCGAGAAGAUACUGGGAGAGAGCGCUUUGUGGAAGGGUGCGGUUGAGGGUCAAGAGCCAGAGUCAUUUUUCAUUCUAUAA